CAACUCGUUCAAUUUCUGGAUUAUGAAAAUGAGCACGACAACCCAGUCGAGGACAAAUAUCGGACUCUGGCACAUGAUCUUUUGCGUGGUCUAGUCGAUCCUGCGCUAAAGCCAGAUCGAGAACAACGGCAUCGUUUGGCUGCAAUCAUUGAUUCACCGUCUCAUCAUCCCACACGGGAAGAGAAAGAUCUUUUGUGGAGAUUUCGCUUUAGCUUGGUUGACAAUAGGAGAGCGUUAACAAAAUUUCUUGUUGCUGUCGAUUGGUCUGUUGAUAGCGAGGUUGUUCAAGCAGCGGAGCUCCUAGAACAAUGGCGUAAACGGAGUCCUAUCGAAGUUACUGACGCUUUGAAGCUACUGGGAAAGCAUGUUGCCUUCCAAACUAACCUUGUUCGCUCGUAUGCAAUCGAUACUCUGCAGUCCGCACCGGACACUGAGCUUCGUCUCUAUCUCCUUCAGCUUGUACAAGCCCUCAAAUAUGAAAAUAUAGAGGCUUUGGAAAAUGGCACUCCAGCGAGACUCGGAAAAUUGAGCAACAUCUCCUCAAAACAAACCCAGGUAUCAUCGCUCGCGACCUUCUUAAUUGAUCGGGCGUCCAAGAACAUUGAACUAGCGAACUUCUUGUAUUGGUAUCUGAAAGUCGAACUCGAAAAUCCCACACACGGUUCCCGAUAUCGAGAUGUAUUCGAAGCAUUGAAGGUCCAGCUAUCUGAUACACCGUUCGUGGCUGGUGGACGGAACCAACGGACUAUAUGGGAGGUUUUAGUGGCUCAAGACGAAUACAUAUCAGGUAUCAUGGAUAUUCAGCUCCGGUGUCGGGAUUCGCGAGGGAAGAAGGACCAAAAGGAAGCGCUUUUGCAGACGUUGCUAUCAAAAGAGGGCUACGACAAGAAAGUUAACCGUGAACCAGUUCCGUUGCCUUCAGCUCCCGACGUUCUUGUCUAUGGAGUUGCGCACGACACGGUUAAAAUGUUCAAGUCUGCUCUAUAUCCAGCCCUUGUCGAGUUUCGUCAGGCAGAAUAUUCAACGAGCUACCAGGUAAUUGUCAAGACUGGCGAUGAUCUACGGCAAGACCAGCUGAUAAUCAUGAUGAUCCAGCUGAUGGACGGUCUUCUGAAGCGAGCUGCUCUGGACUUGUGCUUAAUGCCAUAUUCAGUCAUUGCGAUCUCUCGGUCGUCAGGCUUGCUAGAGUUUGUGGAUGGAUCUUUGCCUAUUUCUCAAGUGCUGUCGACCCAUAGUGGGUCUGUGCUCCAAUUUUUCCAGUCGGCAUCGCCGCAAAGCAAUGCAAAGUACGACAUUAAGCCAGAGGUUCUGUCGACUUACAUUCGCAGUUGCGCAGGUUAUUGCGUCAUUACAUUCCUCUUGGGGAUUGGAGAUCGCCAUUUAGACAAUAUCCUGUUACGGCAGACUGGCCACUUGUUUCACAUUGAUUUUGGCUUCGCGUUCGGGCGUGAUCCCAAACCACUUCCGCCAGUUUUCCGACUAACACGGGAGAUGGUUGAUGGUAUGGGGGGUAUAGAUUCGAGUGAAUAUCGUCAAUUCUGUUCGUUGGCUUGCCAAGCAUACAAUGCUCUGCGCAAGAGUGCGGGAUUGGUACUUAAUCUACUGAGCUUAAUGAGUGACGCUGGUAUUGAAGAUCUGUCGAAUAAUCCAAUGGCCGACGCGGAUGGUGUCAUUGCAAAGGUUGAAGAACGAUUUAUGUUGCACUUAUCGGACGACGAGGCCGAAAGUUACUUUCUCGGUUUGAUCAACGACUGUUUGACUGCUAUUGCACCGCGUGUCAUGGAUGUCUUCCAUUCAUUUGCUGUUGCGAGGAGAUAGUACAGAGAUUGGAGAAAUGGAUGGAAUGAACAAUACGAGGUCGCCCAAAGUAUGUUUGGUACUUCUCGACUCGUUGACAAGGAACUGGCCGAAUCGUGAUCAAGUCCUCUGAUGAAGCUGUGGCGCACUUCUUCGGCUCGAAGAAAUCAUGUGUGGAUGACGCAGAAGAAAGAUGGAGGUAAUAUAUGAGUGGCUGUCUAUAUAGGCAUUGUCCUAGUAAGUUCUGUAUAACUUUGUUUUCUAGUAAGCUU